AUGGUAGACGAAAACCUUCUUGCAGUUAACGGCGGUUCUAAGCCAAAGAAAGUCGUAAAGAAAAAGAAGGAAGUAGUAGACUCAUGGGACGAUGAGGUUUCCUCCGGGGAUGAGGCUGCAAGCGGUGUAGCCUCCGAUUUAGACGGUCCCUCCGCCGUUUCUCCCGCCCCACCACCAGCUCCACCAGCGCCUACGCCCGCCGUCGCGACACCAUUUGUAGGAGAUGGUGGCAGUUCAGGAUCCUAUUAUGCCUACGAUCCGGAUACUCAUUCAAGAGCGGGCAGCGGAUACAGCGACGCCAAUUUCGAAGGACAGAGACAAGCUAAGACGGAUGCUGUAGCUCGAAGGAUGAUCGCCAGUGCUUUGGGGGUCAGGAGCAGAAGCACAAAGGAGCAGAAAGAAUACGACGCUAGUUUGAAGAAGAAGCACCAAGAAGAACGGGAUGAACAGAAACGACAGGAACAAGAACGGGAGAAGGCAAAGGCGGCUAUGUGGGAUGACUAA